CGCCUCCCAGUCCGGACCACAGGCCACCUCCGGAGUCCCCGCCUGGCCGCCGCCGCCGCCGCCACCUCCAGCGCGCACGGCCGCCCGACUCCUUCCCGGACUAAUUGCGGAGACCCGGAGCGAGCUUCUGCGGGCAGCGAUGCGACCCUCCGGGACGGCGGGAGCCGCGCUCCUGGUGCUGCUGGCGGCGCACUUCCCGGCGGGGCUGGCGCUGGAGGAAAAGAAAGUUUGCCAGGGCACCAACAACAAGCUGACGCAGCUGGGCACACUGGACGACCACUUCCUGAGCCUCCAGAGGAUGCUGAACAACUGCGAGGUGGUCCUGGGGAACCUGGAGAUCACCUACAUGCAGAGGAACUACGACCUCUCCUUCCUGAAGACCAUCCAGGAGGUGGCUGGCUACGUCCUCAUCGCCCUCAACGUGGUGGAGAAGAUCCCUCUGGAAAACCUGCAGAUCAUCAGGGGGAACGUGCUCCUGGAGAACACCCACGCCUUGUCCGUCUUAUCCAACUACGGGCCCAACCGCACGGGGCUGCGGGAGCUGCCCAUGCGGAACCUGCAGGAGAUCCUGCAUGGCGCCGUGCGAUUCAGCAACAACCCCAGCCUCUGCAGCGUGGACACCGUCCAGUGGCAGGACAUCGUCGACGCCAGCUUCCUGGGCAACAUGUCCACGGACUUUCAGAGCAACCCAUCCAGCAGCUGCCCCAAGUGCGAUCUGAGCUGCCCCAACGGGAGCUGCUGGGGCGCGGGGAAGGAAAACUGCCAGAAACUGACCAAAAUCAUCUGCGCCCAGCAGUGUUCGGGGCGCUGCCGGGGCAAGUCCCCCAGCGACUGCUGCCACAACCAGUGUGCGUCCGGCUGCACGGGGCCCCGCGAGAGCGACUGUCUGGUGUGCCGGAAGUUCCGGGACGAAGCCACGUGCAAGGACACCUGCCCGCCGCUCAUGCUGUACAACCCCACCACGUACCAGGUGGACGUCAACCCGGACGGGAAGUACAGCUUCGGAGCCACCUGUGUGAAGAAGUGUCCCCGCAACUACGUGGUGACCGACCACGGGUCGUGUGUGCGGGCCUGCGGCUCCGACAGCUACGAGGUGGAGGAAGACGGCGUCCGCAAGUGUAAAAAGUGCGAAGGUCCCUGUCGCAAAGUCUGUAACGGAAUAGGCAUCGGAGAGUUCAAGGACACCCUCUCCGUAAACGCCACGAACAUCAAACACUUCCGGAACUGCACGUCCAUCAGCGGCGACCUCCACAUCCUGCCGGUAGCCUUUAGGGGCGACUCCUUCACACACACGCAGCCUCUGGACCCCAAGGAGCUGGACAUUCUCAAGACCGUCAAGGAGAUCACAGGGUCUCUGCUGAUCCAGGCCUGGCCGGAGAACAGGACGGACCUGCACGCGUUCGAGAACCUGGAGAUCAUACGCGGCAGGACCAAGCAGCACGGCCGCUUCUCCUUCGCGGUGGUCGGGCUGAACAUCAGCUCCCUGGGGCUGCGCGCGCUGAAGGAGGUCAGCGACGGCGACGUGGUGAUCUCGGGGAACCGCCACCUGUGCUACGCCGACACGGUGAACUGGAAGACGCUCUUCGGGACCCCGGGCCAGAAAACCAAGAUCGAGAAGAACCGGGACCGGAGAGACUGCCGGGCUCAAGGCCACGUCUGCAACCCGCUGUGCUCGCCCGAGGGCUGCUGGGGCCCAGGGCCCCGGAACUGCAGGUCCUGCCGGAACGUCAGCCGCGACAAGGAGUGCGUGGAGAAAUGCAACAUUCUGGAGGGCGAGCCCAGGGAGUUCGAGGAGAAUUCCGAGUGCAUACGGUGCCAUCCCGAGUGCCUGCCGCAGCCCAUGAACGUGACCUGCACGGGACACGGCCCGGACAGGUGUGUGCAGUGCGCCCACUACGUCGACGGCCCGCACUGCGUCAGCGCCUGCCCGUCGGGGGUCCUGGGCGAGAACAACACUCUGGUCUGGAAGUUCGCGGACGCCCAGCGCGUAUGCCACCUGUGCCACCCGAACUGCACCUACGGCUGCACGGGCCCGGGUCGGGAAGGCUGCCCAGAUAGGCCCAAGAUCUCAUCCAUCGCCACAGGGAUUGUGGGCGGCCUCCUCUUGGUGCUGGUGGUGGCCCUCGGGGUGGGCCUGUUUAUGCGCAGGCGCCACAUCGUGCGGAAGCGCACGCUGCGAAGGCUGCUGCAGGAGCGCGAGCUCGUGGAGCCCCUCACGCCCAGCGGAGAAGCGCCCAACCAAGCUCUCCUGCGGAUCCUAAAGGAGACAGAAUUCAAGAAGAUCAAGGUGCUGGGCUCGGGCGCCUUCGGCACCGUGUACAAGGGACUCUGGAUCCCCGAGGGCGAGAAGGUCAAAAUCCCUGUGGCCAUCAAGGAGUUGAGAGAAGCCACGUCUCCGAAAGCCAACAAGGAGAUUCUCGACGAGGCCUACGUGAUGGCCAGCGUGGACCACCCCCACGCGUGCCGCCUGCUGGGCAUCUGCCUGACCUCCACCGUGCAGCUCAUCACCCAGCUCAUGCCCUUCGGCUGCCUGCUGGACUACGUCCGCGAGCACAAGGACAACAUCGGCUCCCAGUACCUGCUCAACUGGUGUGUGCAGAUCGCCAAGGGCAUGAACUACCUGGAGGACCGGCGCCUGGUGCACCGGGACCUGGCGGCCAGGAAUGUCCUGGUGAAGACGCCGCAGCACGUCAAGAUCACGGACUUCGGGCUGGCCAAGCUGCUGGGCGCGGAGGAGAAAGAGUACCACGCAGAGGGAGGCAAGGUGCCCAUCAAGUGGAUGGCUUUGGAGUCUAUCUUGCACCGGAUCUAUACCCACCAGAGUGACGUCUGGAGCUACGGGGUGACCGUCUGGGAGCUGAUGACCUUCGGGUCCAAGCCGUACGACGGGAUCCCGGCGAGCGAGAUCUCGACCGUGCUGGAGAAAGGAGAGCGCCUCCCGCAGCCGCCCAUCUGCACCAUCGACGUCUACAUGAUCAUGGUCAAGUGCUGGAUGAUAGACGCGGACAGCCGCCCCAAGUUCCGGGAGCUGAUCCACGAGUUCUCCAAGAUGGCCCGCGACCCCCAGCGCUACCUCGUCAUCCAGGGCGAUGAGAGGAUGCACCUGCCCAGCCCCACGGACUCCAACUUCUACCGCGCGCUGAUGGACGAGGAGGACAUGGAGGACGUGGUGGACGCAGACGAGUACCUCAUCCCCCAGCAGGCCUUCUUCCACGGCACCUCGCCCUCGCGCACGCCCCUGCUGGGCUCCCUGAGUGCCACCAGCAGCAGCUCCACCGCGGCUUGUGUUGACAGGAACGGGCAGAGCUGCCCCCUGAAGGAAGACAGCUCCCUGCAGCGGUACAGCUCCGACCCCACCGGCGCCCUGACCGAGGACAUCAUCAACGGCACGUUCCUCCCGGCGCCAGAAUACAUAAACCAGCUGAUCCCCAAACGGCCGGCGGGCUCCGUCCAGAACCCCGUCUACCACAACCAGCCCCUCAACCUGGCUCCGGGCCGAGACCCCCACUACCAGAACCCCCACAGCAACGCCGUGGGCAACCCCGAGUAUCUCAACACCGCCCCUCCCCCCGCCGUCAACGGCGUCCCCGACGGCCCCACCCUCUGGGGGCAGAAAGGCGGCCACCAAAUCAGCCUGGACAACCCCGACUACCAGCAGGACUUCUUCCCCAGGGAAGCCAAGUCCAACGGCAUCUUUAAGGGGCCGACGGCGGAAAAUGCGGACUACCUGAGGGCAGGCGCCCCGAGCAGUGAGUCCAUUGGGGCAUGACCAUGGAGGCAGCGACAGCGGAAACAACCCCAGACUCCUCGGCCCCCAGGACCGGCGGCACCGCCACGCCCAUCCCCACGGCCGUGCCCCCACGCGUCCUGGACCUCGGGACUGGUUUGGCCGUCUCUGCUCUGAUCAACUCCUCUUUCCACCGGGAAGUGCCCCCACUCCGAUGCACUCUGGGAAGCCGCAGGGACAUCCUUUGUCCCCAACCUGGGAGGCGCUGGUGCCAGGCGUCCAGGAAAGAACGCUGCCCAUCGGACCGAAGUUCACUUUACAAUGAGGUAUAUUUGAGGGGGAAAAAAAUCUACAUGUAUACGGAGCGUUAUUGCUUGGGGACCUUGGGGUUUGGUUGUCGUUGUUGGCUCUGAACGGGUGUUUCCGACGAGGAGGAAGCUGGUCCGUGUCCCUCUCACCUGCUGCCCUGCGUGGACGGAGCCCAGCGGGGACCGAGAAGCAAGGGCCCCUCUCCCAGCUGGCACUCGAUCCACGCACUGGCUCUGCUGCUUCCAGACGCUUCCACUGCCAGGCAGCUCAGACAAGAAGGCCUCCGCGAGCCGAGCCGGCCUGACGGGCACGGGCUCCGGUCACGGCAGGUGCAGAGGACAAGCCACUCGGACCCCUCUCUGGGCCAGGAGGGACCAGAAGGGCUAGGAUGCCUCGUGACACUGACUUUUAUACAAACGUCUCCACGGUACUUACUCUCUGCUGGUUGGCCAGUGUCUCCUGACUGUACGCGUCAGAUUCCCUUGUUUACUUUUGCAUUCCACUGUUUGCAAAGCCCGGUCCGGCCUCCCCACCCACACGUCAGUUCAGUGCGGCACAGGACACAGGGUAGCCCCGGCAGCUGCCCCCAGGACGGUAGCCUUUAACCAGGAUGCAAAAGGUCAGGCAAGAGCCCAUCCCCCCCGAGUUGAAUCCCAGGAAAUCCUUCAAGUGUUUGGAGGGCCAGGGGGGGACUGCAGAAUGCACAGACUGCAGAAAUGAAGCUGUGCUUAAAGCUCAUUUAACCUUUCCCUCCCCCCCCCCAAAAUAUUAGUUUAGGCUACUCAUAGAAGAUAAAUGUAUGUUUAUUUCACUUCCAAAUUUUUUUUUUUUGUUCAAAGGGUACUUUAUUCUUCCUUGGUAAGCUGUUCUCAAAGUUCCCCCCUCGUGCACCCAUAGUCCUGCGGCAAUAAAAGGAUCAGGCCGCUACUUACGGCACAUUGUGGACACAUUGUACAGGUGGCAGGCAGUAAAGAGGACGUUAUGUAGCGGGUGGCAUUCAAGUGGCCAAUAAGACAUUUGAGUUUGAAAUUGAAGACACUGCCUUUGCAACAUCUAGAGGUGUAUUAGAAGAAAAAAAUAUUUUUUCUUCUUAAAAAAAGAUGCCUCUGUCAUAGGAGGAGGAGCCGGGUGGGCGGGCCGCUCACGUUUAUUCCGAUCUGCGUGUGCCCGCAACCUGGCCUGGCAGCGGUGGCGUCCCACACACACCUCGCCAGCCCCCUCCCGCCCUUUCACCCGGGAAGAAACACUGCCGAGAACUUCCCGGCCCGUGGGUGUGUCCCACCACCUCGUGUCUUGUCUCAGUGGAAAUACACACUCUACCCAAGCCCCUUCCGUCACGUUCUCACCUGCUCUUGAGCCCCUGCACCAGCCAGCCCAGCAAAGGUACGGAAGACAUAAAAAUAAACAAAACAUCACCCCUGAUCCCAAGGCACUGACCAUAGAGCACAGCAAACAGACUCACAAAUACUGAACGUAGAGCAACGUGACAAGCGCUAGACGAGCCGCGUCGGCCGAGCCCUGGGACAGCAGAGGGCAGGCGGGCAGUACCUGACCCUGGGGAGGCCGGGGGUUGGUCUAGGACUCGGAGUGGGGUUGGAAAGGGGGCGGAGGCCGGAGGCAGGAGGAGGUAGAAAGUGCGCUCCCGGUGGCGGCAGUGGGAACUGCAGCCAGCCCUCCCCACCCCCACCCACGCCCCGGAGACCCGCUGAGUCAGGUCCCCAGGCUGCCUGCCCCUUUAUACCAGGGACUUCAGCGGGCUUAGGUCCCCAGGUCCCCCUUGGAGAUGCGGUGUCCCCACCAGGAAUUUUAAAAUGACUAGUGAGAUGAUUAGACGGCAUCCCUAAGAACCUGCAAUUUGAGGCCAUCAUCAUUAAAUCACUUAUUCUUAGUUCGCUACAGAAUGUCAGUAUUUUCGUCAGAUGUGUGUUCGGCUCCGGGAAGCAAUGAUGCACAUUCCAUGUCACUUUCAUUGGCCAGGAAACAGGUGAUGGGCAAGGGAGGGUGCCUGGCCCCAGUCGGAUGGUAGCAGUUAAAUCCUAGUAUUUUUGUAAUUUGAAAUAGUUUACUAUAACAUAAUAAAACAGCAAAAACUA